AUGACAAUUGUUUUGAGAUUUGUUGACAAAUAUGGUUUUAUACAAGAACGUUCAUUUGAUAUAGUUCAUGUUAAAGAUACAUCGGCAUUAACUCUAAAAAAUGGAAUAUCUGAUGUUCUCUUUCAUCAUUGCCUUGAUAUUCAAAAUAUCUGUGGACAAGGAUAUGAUGGUGCUAGUAAUAUGCAUGUUGCUGCAUCUAGAGACAUGUCUUUUGUUCAUGUGUUCUUCAUAAAUUUGAGCUUUGUUAUCAAUGUGGCUAGUGCUUUAUGUAAACGUCAUGAUCAACUACAAGCUGUUCAUGCAACACAAAUUGCACAUAUGCAAGCUAUUGGAAUGUUUGAUGCUACUUGUACAGUUCUUGAAGAUGUUGGAAGAGAAGGAGGUACUUACUCUCAACGAGGAGAUGCUAAGGCUGCUUAUAAAAUGCUUACAUCCUUCGAGUUCAUAUUUAUUUUACAUUUAAUGAAAGAAAUCUUGGGCAUCACUAAUGUUCUUUGUGAAGUUUUGCAGCAAAAAUCUCAAGACAUUUUGAAUGCUAUUCAUUCAGUUUCUAUUGCAAAAAAACUUAUCCAAAAGUUGAGAGAUGAUGGUUGGGAUAAUUUGCUUGAAAACGUUGUCUCUUUCUCCAAGAAAGCUAAAAUUGACAUUCCGGAUUUGAGUGCUCGUUAUAUUGAAAGUCGAGGUCGUAGUCAAAAGAAUCACAUUACAUUGGAGCAUCAUUAUCAUUUUGACAUAUUCAAUAUUACUAUCGACUUUCAAUUGCAAGAGCUUGAUAGUAGGUUUGGUGAAAAGGCGAUGGAACUUUUGAUACUUCGCUUUGCUUUGGAUCCAAAAGAUGCUUAUAAAUCCUUUAAAAUUGACGAUAUAUGUAUCCUUGCGGAGAAGAUUUAUCCUUUUGAUUUUUCUGAGCAGAAGAAAAUUAAUUUGAGAUAUCAGUUGAAGUAUUUUUGA